AUGGCUGAGCAUAAACUUGCUCUAAAAACCAUUGAUUGGUUAUCUUUUGUGGAUAAUUGGACAAUAUCAUGGACAAUUGGAAAUGCCCUAAAGUCCUGGAAUGAGACCCUCCACACCAGGUCAGCUAGUCUGUCUGAGAAACCACCAGCGAUUGACUGGGCUUACUACAGGGCCAAUGUGGCCAAAGCUGGCUCGGUGGAUGAUUUUGCAAAGAAGUAUAAUGCCCUGAAGAUCCCUGUGCCUGAGGAUAAAUACAAAAUGGACCAGGAGGAGACGGGUGUGUGUGUGUGUGUGUGUGUGUGUGUGUGUGUGUGUGUGUGUGUGAAGAACCAUGCUGAGUUUGUGUCUGCAUCUCAGCUCAGGAUCCAGGAGUGUGAGAAGCAGCUGGAGAAAAUUAAGAACAUAAUUCCCUUUGACCAGAUGACCAUUGAUGACUUGAAUGAGAUCUUCCCAGAAACCAAGCUAGACAAGAAGAAGUACCCGUCCUGGCCCCAACAGCCCAUCAAGAACCUACGAAGCAGCCUAGGAGGGAGCCCCGGCUGA